AUGACUGGCGACAGGCCACCUUCAGCUUCCAAUAGUGACUCUACUCUAGUGUCAACAGACCCUAAUCAAUUCAACGAAAAGUCCAACAAACCUCUUCCGCAUGGACCAUCUCAACUCGGCAAAUAUGUGUCAAAUAGUUCAGCAGGGUUUGACCAACAAUCCCUGCCACAAAGAACACGUUCCACACUAUCUACACGCUCCACACGCUCCACACGCUCCACACGUCGCACAUUUUGGCAGAGAGCUGCCUAUAUUAUCCGAAAACGAAUGGCAUUCAAGCCACCAGUCAAACACGACCCACGAUUGUAUCCACCAGCAAAAAAGAGAUGGAUUCUGGCAUGUCUAGCUCUUGGAUCCUCACUAAAUGGCUUUUGCUCUACAGUCUAUCUACCUGGAUUACCAAACAUACAAGAAGACCUUGAGGCUACACCAAUAUCCGUUGCCUUGACAACCUCUCUAUUCAUAUUGUUUGGUGGUAUCGGUCCUAUCAUAUGGGCAUCAAUGUCAGACUUUUACCACAUUCGCCGGUUUCUUUACCUAUCAUCCUUACUACUAUUUGUUGGGGCCACAAUAGGAUGUGGACUAUCACCUAACGUUUGGGUUCUUGUCGUUCUUCGAUGUAUUCAAUCAGUUGGCACAUCAGUAACCAUGUCUGUCGGUGCAGGCACAGUGGCAGAUUGCUGGGAAAUCACGGAGCGUGGCUCUGCUUUUAGCGUCUUGUUUGUAGGACAAUUCUUGGGCCCACUAGUUGGUCCUAUUAUCGGUGGUGGUAUAGUUAGUGCUAUGGGAUGGCGCGCCACUUUCUGGUUUUGUGCAGGCUAUGGUGUAUUUUUAUUCUGCUUCUUGCUUCUAUUCUUGCCAGAGACCUAUCGGAUUGACCACGUGUGGGACAAUGGGCUUCCAAUCAAGAAGCCGCGCCCCUUGUCUCCUGUGCCCUUGCCUGUUGCCACCAGGGAUGAAGAAGAAGGAGGUUCAUCUGGUGUGGCGAGUGACGAGCCAGACAAUAGUGAGGAUAGCGACGACGAGUAUAUCCAAGAACCGCCACCUCAGGGAAGAAUGAAUCCCAUCCAGAGCAUCGCAUUGCUUAGGCACACAUUUGUCUGGCUGAUUGCAUUACAAACAGGAUUUUGCUUUGGCACAAUGUUUACCAUUGAAACCAUCAUUCCGGACCUCUAUGAUGAAUAUUAUCACUUUGAAUCAUGGCAGACAGGCCUAAGUUUCCUUGGUGCCGGUAUUGGUAAUGUCUUGGGCGCCAUUGUAUCCGGGCGCCUUUCAGAUCUAUUUUUAAGAAGAGCACGAGAUAGAAGAGGAGGCUUGUCAGUCAAGGAAGACAGACUUACUCUGAAUGCAUGGCCAGGAGGGUUCAUUUGUGUGCCUAUGGGUGUUCUGAUCUUUGGUUGGUGCACAAGCCCAAAUAUUACUGUCUGGGCACCGAUCAUUGGAUUCAGUAUUGUGUGCUUUGGCAUGAGUCAAGUGUACGCAUCUGGAUCAGCUUAUUUGGUUGAUUCUAUUCCCGGUAAAGGUGCAUCUGUCACAGCCUGUUCAAAUCUUGUCCGUCUAUUAAUGGCAUGUAUCUUGAGUUUGAUCGCCAAACCUAUCGUUUCUUCUAUUGGUUCCGGAUAUCUCUCGGUCAUUCUGGCCAGUCUGAAUUAUAUUGGCAUGGGAUUCUAUGCCCUUGUCAAAUUCAAAGGAGCCUCUUUUCGAAAGGCUUCUGGCUAUGGAGACAAUCCUAUCUAG